UGUUGCACUCUGUACCACCGUGAGACAAGUGCUGGUGUACAGGACCUGUCAAUGAAAAUAUCCAAUAAAUGUGCCAAUUCCAGCAAAAGUGAUUAAUAACUUGAAAUAUUAUUGAUCAGGAUUCUGAUCACAUUCACUUGGCGAGGAGAAUUGUUAGUGACAAGAUGACUAUCAUGGAUAAUGAGAGUCCAACAACUGAAGAAACACCCAUUCAGAAAUUUUAUGCUGGUCAAAGUAUCUUCAUUACAGGUGGAACCGGAUUCCUUGGCAAAAUCCUGAUUGAAAAGCUGCUGAGAUCGUGCCCAAAUGUAUCAAUGAUUUAUUUAUUAGUGCGAUCGAAGAAAGGACAAAGUGUCAUUCAGCGAAUGGACACCCUCUUCGACGAUCCUGUUUUUGAGCGUCUAAAAAUCGAAGUGCCGAAAUUUCGGCACAAAGUAGCAGCAGUGAGCGGUGACUGUGCCUUACCAGAACUAGGAUUAUCCCCUGGGGAUCGAGACUCACUUGUCCGAGAAAUAACAAUUGUUUUCAACGUCGCAGCGACGGUGCGCUUUGACGAGAAAAUAAAGGAUGCCGUCACCAUAAACGUCAGAGGACCCAAGGAGAUUCUCAACCUGUGCCGAAGCAUUGCUAAUCUCAGAGCAGUCAUUCACGUCUCCACCGCCUACAGCAAUUGUACCCGAGACAACAUUGACGAGAAGUUUUAUGCUCCAACGAUCUCUGCCGAUAGCAUCAUGGAACUAGUCCAAAGUAUUGAUGAAAGUAAACUCGAGAAAAUAACACCAACUCUGUUAGGAAAUUAUCCUAAUAGUUAUGCGUUCACCAAACAAAUUGCGGAGCAAGUGGUGAAGCAGUACGGAAAAGAUUUGCCUAUUGGAAUCUUUCGUCCAGCAAUUGUUGUUUCUAGUUAUAAAGAACCCGUGGCUGGCUGGAUAGAUAACGUCUACGGUCCUACAGGUGCUCUAGUUGGUGCUGGAGCAGGUCUGAUAAGAACUCUCCAAAUCAACAAAAAUUGCACAGCCGAAAUUGUUCCAGUUGAUUACACUGUCAAUGCCCUGAUAUCAACGGCCUGGGACGUAGCGAACAACAAAAAUGAGGCUGCAGAUCCACCGAUCUAUAAUUACUAUUCAUCCUGGAACAACGGAAUAUCCUGGGGUGAUUACAUGGAAUUAUCCAUGAAAUAUGGAAUGAAAAUGCCAGCAGUCCGAACCCUCUGGUGCUACACCCUGACAAUAACUAGCAAUCCAGUCAUGUUUUAUAUUUACAGUCUCUUACUUCACAUUAUUCCAGCAUUGUUGGUGGAUAUUGGUCUUUGCGUCAUCGGCCAAAAGCCCAAAGCGAUAAAAAUUUAUAGAAAAAUCCACAAAUUCGCAGCCGUCACAGCUUACUUUAGCACUCACAUGUGGAAAUUUUCGAAUGAAAAUACCAGAGGGCUGUGGGAUAAUUUAACUCCUGAGGACAAAAAAUUAUUCCAAUUCUCAAUGUUGGAUUUCGACUGGAAUGAUUUUCUCUACAAGUGCGUUGUUGGUCUGAGACUUUACGCUUUCAAGGAUGAUCCUAGCACAAUUCCAAUCGCAAAGAAGCGGAUGGCAAAAUUCCUCGUCCUGCACAGAGCCAUAAAAUACGGAUUCUUUGGACUAGUCUUUUGGCUGACGUACAGUUUCCUGUCUUUCGUCUUCUCCUGGGGCUUGACGAGUUCUUUCUCAACAAUCUCCGAGCCUGGUGAAGACUUUAUUAAGAUGGCAUUGCACAAAACCAAAUUCACUGACGAUAUCAAGAUCAACGCAGUCAGACUAUCCGAUUUCAAUGGCUCAGGUGUUUAUAGCAACGACUUGAGGAUCAACGAUAACAACAACAUGACCAAUAUCAUAAAUGAAAAUGGGGGAAAUACGAGAACACCAAUUCAAGAUUUCUACGCCGAUCAGAAUAUCUUUAUAACAGGGGGCACUGGAUUUCUCGGUAAGACUGUAAUUGAAAAACUCCUGAGGAGCUGCCCCGAUAUUUCAACUAUUUAUUUCAUGGUGAGGUCCAAGAAGGGCCACAAUGUCGCUGAUCGGGUUGAUGAUUUAUUCAAUGACUUGAUAUUCGAUAAUCUCAAGAAGACUUCCCCAAAGUUUCGGCACAAGCUAGUCGCGGUUGCCGGUGACUGUCAAUCGCCGAAUCUUGGUUUAUCAGAGAGUGAUCGAGAACUUCUAAUUCGAGAGGUAUCGAUAGUCUUUCACAGUGCAGCAACUGUGCGUUUCGACGAAAAACUACGUAUUGCAACAGCGAUAAAUAUUGGUGGUUCCUUGGCAAUGUUAAACUUAUGCAGAGAAAUGAAGAAGCUCAAGGCAAUGAUUCACGUUUCGACGGUUUACUCUAAUAGCCACGUCGACGAAAUCGGAGAAUGCAUCUACACCUACUCCAUGGAAUAUGAGAAACUCGAUAAAAUGGUCAACAGUCUAUCAGAUGAGGCUAUCGAUGAGAUGUUACCGAGCCUUCUCCAGAAAUGGCCAAACACGUACACUUACACUAAAGCACUUGCUGAGCAAGUGAUUCACAAGGGAAGCAAGGAUAUGCCUGUGGGAAUAUUCAGGCCUGGCAUAAUAAUAUCGGCUGCUGAGGAGCCACUGCCUGGAUGGACUGAUAAUUAUUACGGGCCCAUUGGUGCCACAGUAGCAGUACAGUUGGGUUUGCUGAGGGGUGUGUAUUAUAAUCCAGCGGUUAGAGCCAAUGUGGUACCGGUGGAUUACACUACUAAUGCACUGAUAGCCUCAGCAUGGGACGUGGCAAAUAGAUCUGACAGGAGAAAAGAAAAAAUGAUGGUCUACAAUUACGUAUCAACAGUAGAUGCUCCACUCUUUUGGACAGACUACUACAACUACUGUGAAGCGGCUGGCAGCAUGUACCCCGCUUUAAAAUCAAAAUGGCACGUCACCUUCACUCCCACAUCAUCUAAACUCUACUGGUCUCUAUUAGUUAUAUUCAUUCAUCUGUUGCCCGCGAUAAUCAUCGACCUAUUCGCAAAAUGCACUGGAAAUAAACCACAGAUGCAUCAAAUGCUGAACAAAAUUUUGAAGUACUUGAAUCUCAUUCAGCCCUUCACUCUGAAAGACUGGGAGUUCACAUCCGAUAAUGUGCAACAAAUGUGGAACAAUUUGGAUACCAAAGACAAGCAGUACUUCAAGUUUUCCCUGAAGGGAUGGGAUUGGCCGGAAUACUUCAAGACCUACAUGAAAGGCAUCAAAGUUUAUCUUCUCAAAGAGGAUCUGAACACACUCCCAGCCAGCUACAAAAGGCAACAGAAACUGCUCUGGUUGUAUCGAGCAACGAAAGCUUUAUUUGGAUUAUUUAUAAUGUGGAUGGUAUGGAAAAUGGUAACUCUGUUCAUCUGAACCAUCACCAUUACCCCUGGAGACCAACGAUAGGUCAACGCUUUCUGUACAUAUUAUACGUGGAGAAUAUUUUAACGCUUUUCGUUAUUUAUAUGUUGCAGUCGAUAAUUCACAUAGUUUCAUUAUGUCGUCGACGUGUUUCUUACAAUUUAUAUUAUACUGAGUUAAUGUAAAUCAACGUUUAAUUUCCUGUACCAUGUUAAUUCUUAAUGUAUCAGAUUUAAUAAAACUCGUCUAU